CUGGCCCGUUAGAGAGCAGCGCUCCCCCUUUUCCACACCCCCGCUCGCUGCACAGCCGCAGUCCACAGCAAUGCUCCUGUAAAGCCUCUGCUCCGCUUUCCCUGCUCUCCCUCUGUGCUUCAGUAAAGACCCAUCCACCCCCUGGUGCAACAGUGCUGCAUCUUCAUCUGAUCCGGGCUCCGCACCUGCCGCCAUCGUUAUCAAUAGCCUAUAAUGGAAAUACAGCAAGGACGCACUUUUAUCUAGCCUUACGCCGCACCACGGAGUCAAGCAUCUACGGGUUGUGGCGAAGAAGAGGCUAUCUGGACCAUUUCCUCUUGUGGUGGGACGGGGGGCACAAUGAGUGACGCAUACAAGGCGUUGGUCACCCCCAGCUGGCUGACCCCUGACCCCACAGCCUGGUCCAGCAGCGGAGACGGAUUCACGGACAACGCCACCUACUCCCCUCUGGACUCCUUUCCCCCAGUGCCCCCUCUCCUGGUCAACCCCUGGGACAUCUUGCUGUGCUCCUCAGGGACUCUCAUCGCCUGUGAGAACGCCCUGGUGGUACUGGUGAUCUGGCAGAACCCGUCUCUCCGAGCCCCCAUGUUCCUGCUGAUCGGCAGCCUGGCCCUGGCUGACCUCCUGGCUGGUCUGGGCCUGGUGCUCCACUUCACCUUGGCCUACCUGCUGAGGUCUGACUCGGCCCAGUUGCUGACUGUUGGUCUGGUGGUGGCCUCCUUCUCAGCCUCCGUCUUCAGCCUGCUGGCCAUCACCAUAGACCGUUACCUGUCACUCUACUACGCCCUGACCUACAACUCAGAGCGCACUGCCGCCUUCACCUACACCAUGCUGGUUCUCCUCUGGGGCCUGUCUCUCUGUCUGGGCCUACUUCCCGUCACGGGGGUGAACUGCCUGGCGGAGGAGUCGACAUGCAGCGUGGUGCGGCCGCUGACUAAGAACAACGUGGUGGUGCUAUCCGUAUCCUUCCUCCUGCUGUUCGGCCUCAUGCUGCAGCUGUACGUACAGAUCUGUAAGAUCGUCAUGCACCACGCCCACCAGAUCGCCUUGCAGCAUCACUUCCUGUCCACCUCGCCCCACUACGUCACCACCAGGAAGGGCGUCUCCACACUGGCCAUCAUCCUGGGGACGUUUGCCGCCUGCUGGAUGCCCUUCACCGUCUACUCCCUCGUCGCCGACUACACGUACCCACCUCUCUACACCUACGCCACCCUGGUGCCCGCCACCUACAACUCAGUCAUCAACCCAGUGAUCUAUGCCUUCAGGAACCAGGAGAUCCAGCAGGCUCUGUGGCUGGUGUGUUGUGGCUGUAUACCGGCCAGGGUGACCCACAGGGCACGGACCCCCAGCCACGUCUGACACAGACCCAGGCCCUGGGAGGGAAGGAGAGAGGUGCCCUGGGCAGAGGAAGGCAGGCAGGCAGGGCUCAUGCUGGGUCUACUGCAUGGCUCUGUGUCUCCAUGGCUGGGCUGUAUCCAGUGAAGGAUGGAGGCAGCAGCAGGAGAAGGGGAGGUGGAGGGAUAAGUAGAGGCAGAUACAUACAGUAUAUAUCUUUGAGUAUAGGGUGGAGGAUUUGGUACAAAAGUGUACUGUAUGCCUACUGUACUACUGUCCGACCUUCUCUAUCUUCCGUCUUCCCCGUUUAAAUAUAAAACAACAUCACAUGAUCUGACCGUUGCCACCAUAGGUGUACCAUCCCCCCUCCACACCACCGUUGGGUUUACGUGCCACGAGGUGUUCUGCAGAUGACUGGGAAAGGAUGGCCGCAUGGCGCUGCAGCAAAUGUAGAUUACAUAGUUUUAGCCGCUUUUAAUGAUGCGCGCUUUUUUCCCUCCAUAAAAGGAUUGAGAGAUUAUUCUAGACUGUUUAAACUUGUCCCACAAGUUAAAAAGAUCGUGUGUGUGCAAAAAGGCAAUGCAUGUGUCCCAUGGACAGAGAGGGAGAGCGAGAGGAGUAGUGGAGGGAGUGAUGAGCAAAAGGGGGCGAUGAUCAAGAUGCAGACGGUUCCCUACAACGAAGCCGGGCUGCGGCUAGAGCAUCUCAUCUCGCUGCUGCACUCUGAACGUGCUUUGAAAGCUAAACAACCGCGAGAGGCUAAAAAUAGCCCCGGCGCUCUGUGAUCCGCGCGCCCUGCGUCCUCCGCAGACACCGAGUAAAGAAACCAAGCCGAGGAGGAGGAGAGCGGGCGCUUAUCUUCCCUCCCAUCCAUCUUUCAAUCUCCAUCUCUCCCCAUUUCACGUGUGAGAAUGUAUUAUGAUGUUCUGUUUGCUCUACAUCCCGAGGUGACAACAGCCUCCAGAAGAUAAGUACCCUUAUUGCCCUACCCCUUGCGCGUGCCAAAUGCCCUUAGAUUAUGAUAAGACCUAUGGGUUUGAUCUUUUUAUCUCCGUUUUAUCCAGUCGCUUCUUCAUACAUAAACAGCUCAAUUCUCAUAACUAACUCAUUCUGUAUUUUACGCACGUUAAGUAGGCUGACUUCUCUUGAAAGUAGAGGAGAGUGAAAUGUUCCCUCUGCAGACCAAGCAGACAGUUAGACCGGCUGGGAGCUGUUGAAACUGAACGUAUUGUGGGAUCCUCGCUAUAUGAGCCAAGUUACAAUUACCACCAAGCAUGUUAACCAUAUUGGCACUAUGUGUGGGGUGUUUGCGUUUUAUGCCAGAUACCCGGGUUUGCUUCCAGUUCCUCUUUUUGCUACAUUGUUGUCAGAAGUGGGAUGGCGGCCUUGAGGCCAGCGGACUACACAGCCCGAGGUGUAUGAAGCAUAGGACUUUAAAUGAAUACCAUUUCCCCUGAUAUUGCAACCAGGUCUAAGACCAUUGUGUAUUAUUCUAUAUGUAAAUCCAAGAUACUCCAUUUUGUGUGAUAUGUUAUGUUUGGUUACAUAAGACAGCCUUAACUCAAAGACUGCAAGUUUGAUAUCAUCACUGACACCUUCAGCAUUUUAUCUAAUUAGCAACUUUUCAACUACUUACUACUUUUUAGCUAAUUUCCAACUACUUAGCAUGUUAGCUAACCCAUCACCUAAUCCUAACCAUAGCCCUUUUAGUUAACCCUAACCUUAACCCUUUAACCUAACUCCUUAACUUGACCUUAACCACUAGCCUAGCUAGAAUUAGGAACAUAUCAUACAUUUAGCAAAUUUGUGACAUAUUGUACAUUUGCAACUUCGUAACAUAUAAUACGAAAUGGGGAUGGACAUCCACAAAGUAAUAGAGUGUUGAUUAUCAAUCAUCUAUGUGACAGACCAUGGUACAAUAAGUGUAUUUAUUUUAAAUGUUUUAAUCUUUGGAUAACAAGAAAGGAGUAGAGCAGUGACACGUCUUGUUCUUCCAGCUAUGGAUGUCUCCUGCCUCCUGGAUCCACUUCCUUACCGUGGCUGACAGAAGCCAGUCAACACCACCCCCUGAUUUAGAGCGGUUGGGUUAAAUACAGAAGACACCUUUCGGUUUAAGGAAUUCAGACUAGGUAUCACCUUUCCUUGAUCAUAGCCAGCGGUGUGGACGUCAUGCUUGCUGCUUGCCUAGCGAGUACCAACAACUUCCUUCUGAUUCAGCUCAUAAUGAGGCUUGAACCCAGGACCUCUGCCUUGCUAGCACACGUGACCACCCUCCUUGAUAACCGUUUGAGCUAUCGGAAAAUAUCUAAGCCGAUAGCUGCGGAGUGAGCUGACGGGUACAUCCUUAAUACAUUCACCCCUUCUAAACUCGCUUCAUAGCUAACAACCCGGCCUUGGAGCUGAGCCCAACUGCGGAUCACGGCACCACUGUUAUGGACGUUGCGCUGCUUGCCUAGCAAGUACCACUUCCUCCUGAUUCGGCUCACACCGAGGCGCAAACCCAAGACUUCUGCUUUGCUAGCACACAUGACCGCCGCCGUCUUUGACAACAUGCCAGCCAUUUGAGCUAUCGGAAUAUAUCUAAUUCGAUAGCACCAUCAGCGACAUGUCAAGCUAGCUGUGGAGUGAUCUUAUGGUUGUUCUUAAUGCUGUUACAGCAUCGCCCUUCACACAUUGCUUGUUGAUGAGGGUCAAUCGGCCCUAGGUCCUCAUUCUGCCCUGUCAUAUCAGCCAGCAGCAACAACUAAGUGUUAGUUACUUCAUGGACCGAUAGCAAUACUCUGUCAGCAAUAAGCAAUGAUGUGUAUAAGCCCUGGAUGACUAACAGGAGGCGUUGUAUUGAAGCCACCGCGCAGUCAUCUUGGUACUCCCCCUCCAGUGUAAAAAAUAUUUAGGAAGACAUAGAAAUGCAUUUAUUAAUGUCUACAUUAGUGUCUGAUAAGUUUAUUAUAUUACAGACACCUUCGUGCAUAAUUUAAAAUAUGUGAGCUAAACAUAAAAUAUUUAAAAAUACAGUCCCCUCUACGACAAAACAAAUACUUAAAUGAUUGUAAUUUUGUCCUUGAAACAUGUAAUUGAAAGAAUUCUGUAGAAUUCCAGUCAUUUCUAUGGAGGACUGCUGCUACUGGGGAGGGCCAAUAUGGCCGACCGGUGGCUUCAAAGCCUCUCAAUGGCCAAUACAUAGCAUCUGCAAUCCAGGGUUUAUAAACAUCAUUGGCAAUAACAGCCUCUUCCCAGCAGCAUGACCCCCUCCAGCAUGAUGAUAUACAAGGACAACAGCCCUUAUCUACGAUGCCAAGCAGAGUCCUUAUACGACCAGGCCGAAAAGGACUCUGAACUUCCCCAAUACUUGUGCCGUGUGUGAUUUCUCCAAAUGGGAAAUUAGAUCUUGACUUGUGUGUUUUGUUUUUGAAAAUGUGAAUGGGACAGGAUACUGACUGCCACCGUCCAGUAUUCUGUCAUUACUCAUUACAAUGUCACUGCCUCCUUUGAUCUGAAUCUACUGCUGUAUUCUCUGGCUACGGUCGUCUUCAAUAUCUUACAUUGAAUGAAACCCGGACUCUGUGAGAAAAUAUCUCACCGGUUUUCAGUUGCAUCUGCCUUUGUGAACAUAUUAAGCGUCUGUGAUUAAGGAAAAUCUUUCUGUGCAUAUGAGUUGCAUGGCCUCUGAGUGUGUGCAUUUGAGUAUGAUGUAUGUGUGUGUGUGUGUGUGUGUGUGUUUGUGAUCAGAAGCACAGACCUACUGUAUAGCUGUCUCCAUGGGGACAGUAGAUCUGAGGAUUUACUUUCUGCGUGACCCUUUCACCUCAGGGGAAAUGGCUGCCAGUCUUCCCAUCAUUCUGAGAGAAGUGGCCUCAUCACACAAAUUCCACCAGAGGAAUGACGAAGAGAAGGAUAGUUCCUGAUGUGUUGAACUGAAUAGUGGAGGUAUGCAGCGGCUGACCCUGAGCAGUAGUGUGGGGGCUAAGGCAAUGACGUCACGUGACUGAUGGAAUAAGAGCUCCUGUCAUAGAGCCAGGUAUCACAAGUUCUUGUGGCUCUUCACAGACCAACAAAGCCAAGAAGACAUGUCCUUUACCUUUGAUGAAUAAUCUAUUUUGUUAUAUUUGGUGAAAGUUUCUAUAUUUUUUUCUAGCGUUGACACGCCCGAAUUCUGAUUUAUCUAAAGUAUCUUGUAUUUUAAUGCGCUGUAGAGCCUCUUCUGAAUGUAUUGGUAAAUAUACAUUGUUUAUUUAAUGUGGCAGCCUGUUGACCAAUUAGAUUCUGUAGAUAUAGCAUGCGUAUCUUUUUAUAGGGGUGUUAUGACAUCACGUAUGGUGCUACCUACACCAGGGUCCAAGGGGGGCUCAGGUGCACCAAUUUUGAGUGACAUCACAUUUCACUCCCAAUUACGGUUUUCUAAAGCCUGUUUACAUUUCAAUCCCUAGCCCCUUCCCCCAAUCCCUCACCCUUCUUUAGGCAGAUCUGCAAAGUCUGGAGAGGUGAAAGCAGUAUGGCUUACACUUUACUUAGCCUGUUGGAGGGCUAGGUGGAGCUGUCACAGUACUUUCACCUAUCAAAAAUCUUGAGGAUGUGCCGGACCAAUGAGCUAAGGGCUAGGGACAGAAAUGAAACCGUGCUUCCCUUAUUUUUUUUAAUGUUCUCUCAUGUACAGUAAUGUCAAUCGUUCAAGGCUCUAAGUGAGCUUUCGUAGUUGGGAUAGGUGCAAACAAGGGCUUCACAUUCUUGAGUAGACAAAGGAAGCACUGGUGUGUGGAUAUGGUACUUUACUGUUUGGAUAGCAUAUUUACUUAAUGUUCAAGUAUUGUGCAGUGUAAUCGCACAGAAAAGUGUCAUUUUGAUUGUACAGAGGAAUUAACUUUCAUGUGGUUGGAGGAGUUUCUAGUGUUACCGGUGGGGUUUCAAGAGUUGUAGGUGAAUUAUGUGGUUUGGUACCCCGAUCCAGAGCUAAAUUACAAGUCUUUUAACUCCUCAAUGGCUGAGAAUGGGGAGGGAUGCUACAGUAACAGCAUCUUGUGUAGACUCAUGCGUUGUUUUAAAUGUGAAAUGCACUUUAUGUUGUUGGACAAAAAAAUGGCACAACAAAUUAAGUAUCUGCAAAAUGAAAACUAUAAAUGAUAAUCAACAUGCACUAACUGAGAUAUUGUAAGACGUGUGAACGUGGUGUGUAUUUUUUCAAGGUGUUAGAUGUAAUUUUUUGUUGCUUUGGUUAGUUUACCGAAUUGAGAGAUGUUGUUAAUUUUGUAUUAAAAGAAUGUGCUGUGCAUUAAAAACA